UUACUCUCACUCUCACUCUCACUGUCCCUGCCCACCGUGCUCCUUUUACCAUAAUAACUCCCAUCACUCUCUGCCUCCUCCUCCUCCUCCCUUCAAACCCAGGUGACCACUAAAGGAAGAAGAAGAAGAAGAAGAAGAAGAAGAAGAAGAAGAGAAAAAGCUGCAACUGGUUGUAUGAGAAGAUGUCGAAUCCCAGCACCGCCAUGAACUUAGAACACCACCACCACCAUCAAGACCCCGAAGCCUACACCAACAACAACAACAAUAACGGCGCCGUCCAAUUCGAUUCCCGCAAGGCCCUCGACGACGACGGCCGCCCCAAGCGAACGGGUACAUGGUUGACGGGGAGCGCGCACAUCAUAACGGCGGUGAUAGGGUCCGGGGUGUUGUCCCUGGCUUGGGCCAUAGCGCAAUUGGGCUGGGUGGCCGGACCGGUCGUCCUGAUGGCAUUCUCCUUCAUCACUUUCUUCACCUCCACCCUCCUCGCCGAUGCCUACCGCUCCCCGGACCCCGUAACGGGCCACCGCAACUACACCUACAUGGACGCAGUCCGGGCCCACUUGGGCGGCCGCAAGGUCCAGCUCUGCGGCCUGGCCCAGUACGGCAACCUCGUUGGCAUCACCGUCGGCUACACCAUCACCGCCUCUAUCAGCAUCGUGGCGGUGAAGAGAUCAAAUUGCUUCCACAAGGAAGGGCACGGGGCGGACAAGUGCCACGUGUCGAACACGCCGUACAUGGCGAUCUUCGGGUGCAUCCAGUUGGUGCUUAGCCAGAUCCCAAACUUCCACAAGCUGUCGUGGCUCUCCAUUCUGGCGGCCGUCAUGUCUUUCGCCUACUCCAUUAUUGGGCUGGGCCUCUCCGUCGCCACGGUUGCAGGAGGCGACCGGAAGGGAGUCCGGACGACGUUGACGGGAGUGACGGUAGGGGUGGAGGUGACGGCGGCGCAGAAAGUGUGGAGAACGUUCCAAGCCAUUGGGGACAUUGCCUUCGCUUAUGCCUACUCCACUAUCCUCAUCGAAAUCCAGGACACCCUGCGAUCAAGCCCGCCGGAGAACAAGGAAAUGAAAAGGGCAAGUCUUGCAGGGAUCACGACCACCACCGUUUUCUACGUCCUGUGCGGUUGUGUCGGCUACGCUGCAUUUGGCAACAACGCCCCAGGCAAUUUCCUAACAGGGUUCGGGUUCUACGAGCCUUUUUGGUUGAUCGAUAUCGCCAACAUUUGCAUCGCAAUUCACCUCGUAGGCGCCUACCAGGUCUUCUGCCAGCCGAUAUUCAGCUUCGUGGAGAGCAACUGCCAGAAGAAAUGGCCCGAAAACAAGUUCAUCACAAGGGAGCACCCGAUCACCGUGCCAUUCAUCGGGGCCUUCUAUGUCAACUUGUUCAGGCUUGUCUGGAGGUCUGCAUACGUGGUGGUGACGGUAGUCCUCGCGAUGAUCUUCCCGUUCUUCAACGACUUUCUGGGGCUCAUUGGGGCAGCAUCGUUCUGGCCGUUGACCGUGUAUUUCCCCAUAGAGAUGUACAUUGCAAGGGCCAAGAUUCCCAAGUUCUCCAUCACCUGGACGUGGUUGAAAAUAUUGAGCUGGACAUGCCUGGUUGUGUCGCUGUUCGCUGCAGUCGGAUCUGUGGAAGGCCUGAUCCAGUCUGUGAAAACAUACCAGCCUUUCAAAAGUGGUGAAUAAGAAAGUAACUUACAAUAGUAUCUUUACACCCAUUCCUACUAAUUCGUUCUUACGAAUUUGGGCACUCUUUUUGUGUGCUAUAGUGCCUGGUAGUUUCCGGAACAUUAAAUCGUGUUGUAGCCUUCUUUCCUAUGUCAGAGCUUCUACUUAUAUAACGACGAACUUGCAGGUAAGUAAUUGACUAUCCUUAAAGAGCGGCAACAUAAAUAGGUGAAGCCCAUAUUAGAUGUUGUGUGAACCAGGAAAACAUCUAGUAGCAGACGUAAUACUCACUUCUUCUGUUGACGGAAACUGAACUGGAAUGCUCAAGCAGCAUUUGUCUGUUCGGCUGUCCCGGAUAUGAUGAUAAUGGUCUCUGUUGCUCCAGGCUUUGGGUCAGUGAGGGUAAUUUUUCCAUAAUAAAUCUGACAUCCAAUU